AGGUGUUCCGGACGGACUUCAUCACAGCCAUGAAGCUGCCAGACUCGGCCCAGCUGGGCCACGAUGACUUCUACGUGCUGUCAGACCCCUGGAGACAGGAGUGGGAGAAGGGGGUCCAGGUCCCUGCCAGCGUAGACGCCAUCCCAGAACCUGUCGUCAGGAUGCUACCAGAGGUGGGGCGUAUCCCAUUCUACUGGCCAGGGCAGGGCCGGGGGGGCAUGAAGACCACCAAUGAGCCCCACAGCCGCUAUGACCUGGAUGACAUAGACGUGUCCUGGCUGGAGCUGGUUAACCUGGAGUUCAGAGAACUGGCSCUGCCGGAGCUGGACGAGCUGACCAUGGAGCGUGUGCUGGUGGAGCUGGAGAGCCAGUGUGAGGAGAACAUGCAGCAGGCCAUCGAGACGGAGGAGGGCCUGGGCAUCGAGUACGACGAGGAUGUGGUGUGUGACGUGUGCCGGUCCCCAGAGGGAGAGGAUGGCAACGAGAUGGUCUUCUGUGACAAGUGCAACAUCUGCGUACAUCAGGCGUGUUAUGGGAUCCUGAAGGUCCCACAGGGGAGCUGGCUGUGCGAACCUGUGCCCUAGGGGUGCAACCCAAAUGCCUGCUGUGCCCCAAGAGAGGCGGAGCCCUGAAGCCCCCCGCAGUGGAAA